AUGUCUCUCGAGUUUGUCGAGUAUGACUCGUCCCGCCAAGGGUUUCCAACAUCGAAAUCACCCCUCGAAAAAGUUGUCAACACCAAGCCCGACUGCCGACGCCCUGAAAAUUCUAGCCUCACCGAAGCAGAGCCUAUCAUUGAGAAUCUUGCCCCUAAGGACUCAGUCGCUCGCAAGCUAGGUGCUUCCCCGUCUUCUUAUCGAAUCCAUAGAAAGUCAGCACCCAAACCUAAAGCACGGCAAGAGCACCCAAAGCACACAAUCAUUCUAUCAUAUACAAUUGAAUGUAUCCCAAAGCACGAGAUACCGGUCCUCCCAUCUAUAUCAUGGCGCAGUGUUCUGGAAACGAGGGAUCAGCUUCUUAUGCCUUGGAAACCACACGACAUAUCCAAAGAUCAAACGAUUGACUUCUUCCUGAAAAGAAACCUCGAGCACAUCUUGUCUGUUUGUAGCAUCCCCGUGCGGCAUACUAGAGGCGAGUGGAGGCCUGCUGUUGCGCUCACAUGUGGCGAUGUGGACAGUCACCGAGUAGCUACGGGGGCAAGUUUUCACGCAUUUCAGAUUUUAUUGUUAGCCCUUGCACAUUUCAAGUCGCAGCAUCUCAAGCCCCAGCCCGGAGAUUGGGUUUGCGAGUGCGGCAAACAGUCAACAAAAUCGUACAUCUGCGUGAUGAAACAGCGCAUUCUCCGAGUCUGCUUGGGUCACCUGAAGUGGCUUCUCGAAAGAGCAAACAAAUCCGGAAAGCGUUUCUGCCCUCACUACUGGGUUGAUGGUAGCAAGAUCGAAGGAUGGAAACAGAUGGACUUCCUGGUAGGGAAGUCCCUCGUCGAUACUCCUUUCCAUUUGAUAAAGAUUGGAGGUUUGUCCAGUCACUGUAUCCUGAGUGGCGCUCAAUUCACAGCUGUCCGCAGAAUUGCAAGCAACUGGAUCAUGGAACUGGAAAGGCUCGACAAAAGGAAGGUUUGCGCCUUUCCCCAUUAUGACAAGAAGGCAACGCGUAGUUUUCAUCUUAACGACCACGCAUUGAUUUGGCAAGCAAUCAAAUCUGUUGAGCUGGUAGGAGUUCGGCCUCGGACGAUGGGAGAUUAUUCCUCGAAGUGCGUCCGGCAAAACAUACUCAAGCGAUUCACUACCCAAAACCCUGUUUCCAAGAGGGAGACCAUCGCGGUAGUACGGAGUCCCCUCUCCACAGAAUUCCUGCUUCAAUCGAAGGAUUCUGCAAUUUUCAGUGCGAUGCAACUGGGAUUAUUUGAUAAGCUAGGGGCCGAAGACAUUGUUGACAGAAUUGACAGUAUUGGGAGUGGGCAAAAUGAAGACGACGUGUGUCACGACAAGAUCGACGCAUGGAAGAACACCAUCGACUGCCAAAGACAUCACCAGGGCAAUGACGAUACAACUUGGAACGACCCGCAGAGAUUCGCUUUGUCGAUAAUCUUUGGCCAAUAUCUGAGAAAAGCCAUCAAUCUACGAUCGCCUCAAGAAAUGCUUGAGCAAGCUUUUUCGACACUGUUGAGCAGCUCUUCAGCCAAUGGACUUUUCCCAGGGAAGCUAGACAGCAACCAUGAGCCUACUCUUUACGAUUCUGAACUUACGCGAGAUAUUUACUGGGAAAACACAUUCGAGAUACCUUACGUUCUUUGGAAGUAUUGCCUUGACUUGAACGACGGAUCUGAAUCUGCUGAACAGCCAGAAACCAGCGUAUCACCUAGCACACCGUUGACAAAUGACGAUGACCUCUCUCAGUCGCACACCACAAAUCGAAUCACUAGACUUCUACAGGGUCUUUCCGCCGAAGAUUCAGGAUUCCAAAAGCUGGAAUCCCCUCCCCGCUUGUCGAUGAAAAAGGCUUUCCCGUUCAAUAAUAUGACAGACGCAAAGAACAUUGUGGAGCUCCAAGACGAGUGGCUUUAUAACUUGCCAGCCUUUUUUGUACCGGCCAAAAAAGGAUAUGAGAAGCGAGAGGACACAGACACCAGCAUCACCGCCUCGGAAAACAACUCAGCAUAUGCCGCAUCGCUGUCGACUGGCACUGAGAAACCUUCAGCCAGCCAGGUGGUCGUCGGGUUCAAGGUCGACUUCUUAUCCAAUUCUGCAAAAAAAAGAGGUUUUGGAGACAAUUUCGUGGAAGAUAUCAGAACGCAUGCGGAUGUCGCAAGAAUUAUUGCGAGAGGGAGGACCCAAGAUGUCAAAAAGCGAAUCUGGGUAUUUAUGUCGUCAAAUCCUCUUGGUAACAGAAUUUGUACCUCAACUGUGUCAAAAACAGAGAGGAAAGAGAAAAGGGCGAUAGACGCCUUCUUGAAAAACCAUGAGUCUUUCAACAAUUAUUUCUGGGAGGAUACGGUGGCGGAACUCAACACAUGGGAGACAGAGUUUCAGCUUUCCUAUUACACGCUGUGCUCCAAUGAUCUUCAGGAUCGGGGGCAGAGAAAUGACGUGCAUAAACGAGAGGAAAUCGUGUUUCCUUCUCUUUCAGGAGAUGGAAAUCAAAUUCAGAUCGCCAAAGCUGUCGUCGGUUUUCGGUUCGAAGGCGACUUUUUCGACCGGUAUUGGACAUAUCGUUUUAUGAUUUCUGACCCAGAUUGGAAAACCAAUUUUUACGAUGAUGUUGACGAUCAGCACAUCACCAGCAAAGACGAAGUUACCAGCCAUAGCAUUGAUAAUGGCCAUAGGGGCGAAGUCAACGACGAUGAUGACGAGGAUGCAGUGAGCUUGUCUUCCAUUUCUUAUGAGCGUUCUGAUGAAACCGAUGCAUCUGGGGAGGACGACGACGAGGACAACGAGUACGAAACACUCGCUGGGAUAUCACGCAGACCGUCAGCGGAAAAGCAGCGCAGAAUCCUGGAGCUGAUUCAUUCCUGGAGGAUGAUCAGUACCAUGAAUAAUGCUGCGCAGGCGGCUUUGAAUGUGAUGAAAGAACAUUUAGAGAAGGGGAAAGGCAGCAUGCGCAAGUCGUUUGCUGCCACCCAAGAAUAUCGACUCGAAGAAGCCGACGUUCAGAAAUUGGAUUUCAAAGGCUUCUUGGUCGCAAGCAGGCGUUUUCAGGAGUUUCAAAUUGAAUUGCAAAAGGUCGAGGCACAUUUCUCCGAGAAUCUGGCAGCAAUCGAUCUUUGGCUGAGUCGGGAGAAAAGCCGCCAGUCCGAAAGACCGCGAUGGUCUUUUAAUGAUGAAAGUCGUUACAGAGCCGAAAUUCAGAAAUUUGUCGCCAUAAACGAUCGUUCAAUCCGGGAAUUUAGGAGUUAUCACCAAAAGAUUUCGGCAUUGAUUGAGGCAACUACGAAAGAUCUCGAGAUCAUGCACAGUUGGCUGGAUAUCUUACGUAACGACCUAGAACUACGACGCGGAGAAGACGUCAAGCGCUUCACAUACGUCACCGUCGUGUUUCUGCCACUGGGUUUCGCAACUGGUAUCUUCAGCACGAGCGGAGCACCUGCUGGACCAACAUUGAUCAACAUGAUUUUGACCGCCAUCACAACCUUGACAAUCACUGUGCUGGCAUUGGUGGUGUACAAAUUCGCAGACUCGCCUCGAUCUAGGGAAGAGUUGAUGAGAAGAUGGAAAAAGGGGCAGAUGGAGGCCGUGGAGACCAGGACAGGGAAUUUUCAGAAAGAUCCGAGGAUGAAGAUUCACAGGUACAGAUGGAUCGAAGUGAAGAGGGAGCAAGUGAUCGAACUUCGGAAGUUCAAAGAGGUGGUGCUGUGA